UCUCCAACCAUGACGGGGCUCCAGCCCAACAUAUUUGUUGGCAUCGCCAUCCCCUGGGGACUGGCCACUCUCGCCUUGAUCUGUCGUGUCAUCGCCAGACGCAUGAAGAAGGUGGUCUGGGGCUAUGAGGAUUAUUUCUGUUUCGUUGCUUUUGUGUUCACCAGCUUUUUCAAUAGCCUUUGUGUCUACUGGACGACCAACUGGUCACUCGGCGUAAUGAUACCCGAUUCCGUCGACCCAGUUACUAGGCAGCAUAUCCUUGAAAUGUCUCGGAAAAUCGCCUUCUUCUGUUCCAUCAGCUAUGCUUUCGCCAUUGGGUUCUGCAAGCUCGCCAUUCUAUCACUCUACUGGCGGCUGUUCAAAAUAACCUCCAUCCGGAUACCCAUCAUAAUAUUAUAUGUGCUUUCCAUCAUAUGGAUAAUUAUACGAUUGCCCGUGGUAUUAUUUCGCUGCUCGCCCGUGCAAGCCUACUGGGACAAGACGAUCCCCGGUGGUCAUUGCAAAAUCACAGAUGGUGUUUUCUUCUUUGCGACUAUGCUUCCCCAUAUUAUCAUGGAUAUAAUUAUCCUCAUCUUGCCACUCAUUGAAAUCUUAAAGCUUCACCUGCGACCGGCUCAGAAGAUUGCCACGGCUACUCUCUUCCUCUUCGGCAUCACGCAAGUCAAAAUCUUGACCUACACCGAUCCUGGAUUCUAUGCUAAUAGCUAG